CAACAACCCUGAAAAUAGCCACAACGUUGUGAGUAAAAGUAGAUGCCGGAAGAAAAACAAAUUUUCAUUAGAUAAAAGCCACAGAAACCUGGUAUAAAUGUCAACGGAAGACUUCUACUUGCGCUACUAUGUUGGCCACAAAGGAAAGUUCGGGCACGAGUUCCUCGAGUUCGAGUUCCGGCCAGAUGGAAAACUCCGCUAUGCCAACAAUUCCAACUAUAAAAAUGACACCAUGAUCCGCAAGGAAGCGUUUGUACAUCAAUCUGUGAUGGAAGAGCUAAAGCGCAUCAUAAUCGACUCGGAAAUCAUGCAGGAGGACGAUUUGCCGUGGCCUCCACCAGAUCGCGUUGGCCGACAGGAACUGGAAAUUGUCAUUGGCGACGAGCACAUCUCCUUUACCACCUCAAAAACAGGAUCACUGGUGGACGUCAAUCGGUCCAAGGAUCCAGAAGGCUUGCGUUGCUUCUAUUAUUUGGUACAGGAUUUAAAGUGUCUGGUCUUCUCCCUCAUCGGUCUCCACUUCAAAAUUAAACCCAUAUAAAACUUCUCCCAAAACAGCAUUCAAACACAUUUACAUAUAUACUCUA